CUGCUCCACUUCUUAACUUGCACAGUAAACGUGGCUUUUACAUAAGGGUCAGCUGCCAGAUGACGAAUGGUUGAAUUAUUUAUUGAAAAUUAAAUUGCAUGGAAUUUGAACAAUGGCAAAAACACCAAAGUCGCGACUUAAAGAGAUGGCUGACCAAUACAGUGGACUUGGUGCUCAACUUAUUGUAUUCGACAGUACUAGUUCUAACGGUGAUGUAACCGUGCCAAAUGGCCAUUUUCACUUUACAUGUCAAUUUACAAAAGGCAAAAACGGACGAAUUUUUGAAGGAACAGGAACCGGAAGUGCCAAAAAAGUAGCAAAACACGCCGCAUGCCAGCGGGUAUUGGACUUGAUAGAAGACGAGGAAUUUAAUAACGUGUCCAACGUAAGUGACAGAUUGUCUGGAUUAAGGACAAGUCCUAUGCCACCAGUUGUUGUUAUUCCCGAGCUGUCACCAUCCUCAUCUAUGGAAAUGCAUCGAAGGCAGCAACUUUUCAACAAUGGAGAAACCUUUGUGAUGCACUCGAAUACUAAACCAAAAAGCCCUAAGUCAAAUUUAUUGCAAAAUACAACAAUAGCUCCCGAUGAGUUACAGUUGGAUGAAGAAGACGUGUUGAAGAAAGCAACCGAGGGCAAUAGAAUUGGAGAGCUGCAAGAAUUUUGUGUGAAGAACGGGCUUUCUCCUGCUGAUUACUCGGACGUGACUCAAUGGAUUGGUCCUGACAACUCCAACAGACAUAAAGUGGCUUGCAGCAUUGGGGACAUUAAAAAAUAUGGAGUGGCAAAGAUUAAAAUGAGUGCCAAAAAGAUUGCUGCUUACAAAGUAUUGCAGGCAUUAGGCGUUCUGACAAAUUCACCAUCCGGGACUAUGCCUUCGACAAGUACCAUGAUUCAAAUUCAACCAAUCUCGCCUGUCAGAGUCCAACCACCAGUGGAGCAAAGUGUUUCGAGACCAACUAAACAAGUGACCCAAAAAAUUGUGUAUUACCCUGAUGCAAUAAUUGGUACAGGAGCUACAGCCACGGUAUUUGAAGGCUACUUUGAGAAACCGACCAGGAAGGCUGCCGUGAAAAUUUGCCCCAAAGACAUUAUCUACCACGAAAAGAAUAAAGAGUUAGAUAUCAUGCGGAAACUUAACGAUCCUAACGUCGUAACGUACUACACAACUGAAGAUAUUGGACACCAAACAUUUAUUGUGAUGGAACUAGCGAGCUCCACACUCGAAGAUGCAAUUAAAGCAAAUAAAAUGAUUGAUCCCCAAAUGUUGAAGAAAUGGUGUGCAGAUUCUACCAGGGGUUUGGCCGUACUACAUUCUGCUAGAAUUGUGCAUAGGGAUCUUAAGCCGAGCAAUGUCCUAAUAUUUAAUGGGUAUGUGGCAAAACUAGCUGAUUUUGGGAUAAGCAAAGAAUUAGAUUCAUGCACUCAAGGGGUUUUAACGGAAGCUGCUCGAGGCACGAGAAUAUGGAUGCCACCAGAAGGACUAAAAGCAAUCGGUUCCUCGGAACCAUUCAGGCUCUUGCCUAGUUUUGAUAUAUUUUCUCUAGGUCUCACAAUAUUUUAUACCAUGACAUGUGGUAAGCAUGUAUUCUCCUACAAAGACAACGAGGUUCCUCUGCAGAUUCAGUCUAAUAUUUUGGAAUAUCGUCCAAAUUGGGGAUUACUGGGCGAGAAUAAAUGGACUUCAUUGAAAAAUUUGUUAGCAGCAAUGUUGUACGUUGCUCAGGGUCGACGCCCCGAUCCAGAUAUAGUCCUUGAACAUCCGUUUUUCUGGGAUUUUAAAAAAGGCUUAGACUACGUGUUGGCUGUUAACAAUGAUUUAAAAAAUUCGCAGAAAUCUGCAGAUGCUCCAGAAUGCAAGUCAGAAAUGGUCAACAUGUACACCAGGUUUUGUAAUGAGGCACAGAUAACAAUGAAUUGGAGGUCAAGGUUAUGCACAGAGGUUCAAGCUUUCAUGGUUUAUAAGGAUCAAAUGAGAGAGCAGAAAAAGGGCAACGCUUUACAGAUUAAAAAGUAUAAUGAGGCAUCGUUCUUAAAAUUGAUAGAAUUUAUCAGGGAUUAUUACCAGCAUUAUGAAGAAUGGAAACUAUUCGAGGGUGAUAGGCUGCGACAAAAAGAUGUGUUUGGACCUGAUGGAUCGAACUAUGGACCAUACUUUUUAUGCAGGUUUCCUGAACUUACUACAGUUCUUUAUACUUUCUUUCAGGAAGGGAGAUAUCGCGAAUUGCAGUUACAAGAGUUUUACAUACUGAAUCGUAAGGAAUAUUUUCCAAAGUGGUAAAUCCUGUGCCAAUAAAGAGACCCACAAUUUCGACAUUGUCGAAAAUAAUUUCCCUCGUAAUUUUUAUUCUAAUGUUCAAAUGUUAUUUAUAUAUGUUGAAUAUAUCUCUAACGAAUUUAGUUACACAUCCAUGAAAUAUAUUCCAUUCAUAGAUUCCAUUCCAUCUACUUAUUGACGACUUUUAUAAAAUCAUAUAUAUAUGCUCAAUUGUAAGCAAUAAACACUGACUUUUUCAACAACAG